AUGAAGCCUUUGGAAAUUUUACACGUUCUGAUUCGAGCAGGCUUUGGGAAGAGGCUCCAUAGCGUGGAGGGGCAUUUCUUCCGCAGGGGCCGGGUGGCUCUGAGCCCGCCGAGGGGCGGGGGCUGCUCGCCAAGGAGACAGCGGACGCCCCUCCGGAGAAAGCCGGGCGGGCGCCGGAGGUCGGAGCACUCGCGAGGGGACCCGCCGACGCCGGAGGUACCGGGGCCGGGGGCGGCCGGGCCGUGCGGGAGGGAGGCACCGGGGCCGGGGCGGGAGGGAGGCACCGGAGCCGGGUCGAGGCUGCCGCCGCGCUCUGACCCCCCGCGGGCGCGGUGCGAUGCCGGGCCAGCCCUGGGGAGCGAUGCGGCGCCGACGGGGCUGCGGGAGCCGGCGGUGGGAGCGGGCCGGGCGCGGAGCAGGAUGGGAUGGCAGCGCGGUCCCCCCGGCGCCGGCGGAAGGGCGGCGGGAUCCGGCUCCGGGCCGGAGGCGGGCGGGGCGGCUCCGGGGGUGACGUGGCCGCCGCGCCCGCUUCGGGCCGGGGGCCCGGCCCCUCCCGGCCGCUCCCUGCGGGGCGCCCCGGGCCUGAGCCCGCCCCCGGCCCGCCCCUGCUACAGCCACGCCGCCCUCGGCGGCCGUGUCCGCUGUAGGCACAGCGUCCCCGGGGACCAGCCGCCGGUGGAGGGGGCCGGGAACAGAGAGGUGCCGGUGGUGGAGUUGAGGAGAGCCCGCCCCAGGCUCUCGUCCAGUCCGUGCCCUGAGCCCAGACACCCGAAGGCGCCUCACGAGUCCCUACAGCGAAGGGGCCCGUGUCCCCACGGGAUUCCCCGCAGCUCCAGGAGCUGCCUCGGCUCCGGCAGGGCCGGGGUGGGGAGAGGCUCCCUCGGGCGGGCCAGGGCCUGGUGGUCUCCUCUGCAGGCCCACUUGCCUUGCCCGGCACAGGUCCACAGAGGCAGAAAUGUCCGCAAACAAACAGGCCUAAGGCACUGCCAGAGACUUCGCGAGGAAUAUAAAUAACUGGUAGG